UGAGAUUACGUUGCCGUUACGUAAUAGUCACGUAAUUUGGCUAGCUUGGCUCUGAUAAUUUUGCUUAUAUUUGCAUUUUUUUGUAAGCUUACGCUGUAUUUUUCUUCGCUUUUGUUUCCAAGUUCUGUGCUGGAUUUUCCAAAACUUGUGAGUAGAGUUUCACGUAACUGAGGGGGCGUUUUGCGUCCCAAUUGGUCCACUAGUUCUUGAUCGACAGCUCCUCCUCUAGCCAAUCAUUCGACGAAGGGAGGUGACGUCACUCCAAUGCGACUCUGACUAGUGUUUGGAAGUCCGAUUCUUUCCCAUAGGGUCGCAAUCUCCAUUGGAAAUGAAUGACUUCCGAUCUAUCGUCUGUCGGAUGCAUUGAAAAGGCAGCUUUACUCCACCUUUAAAAGUCGGAAUUGCUUUGUAUGUUUGAAAUGUAAAAAAAAAAAAAAAAAAAAAAAAAAACUCUGUCUCUCUCUGUCUCCAUCUGCUGGCGUAAUUGGAAGACAUCAGAUCCUGACAUUUUGGUUAAUAUUGACGACAGAGAUCAAGAAAAGGCAACAAAUCAAGAGAGACAUUAAUCUUCAUUCGUCUCGCUUUUCAUUCAGAAAUCCUUAAUACAGUCACUAAAGGAAGAGAUUGUUUUCGGUGCAUUGUUGGUUCUUGGUUCAGUGUUUUUAACAUGCAUGCUUUUACUACUAAUAACACUUUAGAAAUGUACAGUCCAAAAGACAGAAGCCUUGAUCAACCUUUGUGUUCUUUCUCUCUUCUGUUUUCCUCAUAAACAGGCCUAGACACAAUCUAUAGAAUUUCUUUGCAAUUGGGGGAAAAUCUGCUCAAUUCUGUGGAUUGGAUUUUAAAAGGAUAAAAUGUGUUAAACAGAGCUGAGAGAACACUUUUUGUUAGCUGAACACAUAAUCAAAGUAGGCAAAACAUGUAAUAAACAAGCAUACAAGGGGCUGGGGCACGUCUAAAACUAUAUUAAUGAUAGAUGCUCCAGUUCUGUGGGAAUCUGAAGAUUUCAUGUACUGUCUCAUCCACAUACUGCUUUAAGUUUCAUUUCACCUUCAGUGAAAAGUAACACUUACUCGUUCAUGAUAACAUUCACAUUUGGUUUCAGUUUCAAUUUUAUUCAAUAAGAGUUAUGCAACAUGUUCACUUUGACUCCACAGGCAGAUUAUCACUGUAUAACAAAUUCAUGAAAAGAUGCAGAUAUGAAGUACGGAAAUAUAAACUGUUGACAUUGUAGUCAUUCCAAACACACCAUGAAAGAAUAAAAAAAAAACGUUCAGACAACUCGUGCGCUAUUUUCAAAGUCUUCUGAAGCCUUCAAAUAGUUUUGUGUGAGGAACAGACCAAAGCGUUGUUGAACAAUCCUCCACUCUACUGUUCACAUCCAUUGAAAUAUGGCACCUUAAAUGUGUCGCAUCAGGUUUGACAUCAAUGCAACAUGACCAGUCAUCACUGAUGUAAAACCUGACUCAUGAAGAAGACUUACAAUAUAGCGCACAAGCCAGAUGGACCACGUUUAUGAUAUGUUUAUUGUGCUUUUCUUUUUCUUUUUUUGGAGUUUGACAGACACAGACCAUUUUCAGUUUCAUUACUUUUCCAUUUGUUUAAUAUUUGUGAUGGAAAACUUCAUUUAAAAUGUAAUUUAAUGAUACAAUACUGUCAUGGAAAAAUAAUGUGAAGUGAGAGAAUGUCAUUGACGUACAUGUUGGUUAUCCCAGGUGCAGUUGCCUUUGAUGUACAGUAUUACAUACCUGAGUAUCAAAAGCUGUCAGAGAGUGUGCUGCUGUUGUAUGGCACACAACAGAGCAACUGUUUGCAAAUGUAUGUAAAUGCAAACUUGUUUAAAAGAGGUCAAGGCUUCUUUCAUUGGAAAUGAAAGUUAUUCACACAGAAGAGGGAGGGUAACUGCGAGGAAAUGAAACUUAAAUGAAUCGUAAAGGGGAAAGAAGGAGAGAGAGACAGAUCACAGAGACAGAAAUAUUUACGCCUUUGACAAGGUUUAACAGCUGACACAAUCACAAUGGCUACAGCCGUAGAUAUCUCUCGCCACCUGCACUGCCCCAUCUGUAAAAACCUGUUAGCCGAACCUGUCUCGACCAGCUGUGGACACACCUUCUGCAAGCGCUGUCUGGACCAGUACAUCAGCAUGUCCGACCCACAGUGCGCUCUGUGCCAGGAGCCCCUGUCCACCAAACCCAGCGUGAAUGCCAUGCUCGAAGCGCUUCUGCGGGAGUUUCACCAGACUCAGUUAUCUGACCUGAGCCUCUUCACCGGAGAAAGAGAUGAGAUUCCGUGCGACAUCUGCGACGAACAACUGACGUUCGUAGCAGUCAAGUCCUGCUUGAUCUGUCUGAUGUCGUACUGCGAGCACCAUCUGAAGCAGCACCAGUCCACAGCGAGACUCAAGGGCCAUAAACUGGUGUGUCCGUUGAAGAAGCUGGAUCAGCGGGCGUGCAGUGUGCAUGGCAGACCGCUGGAGCUCUACUCCCGACAGGAUGAGCGCUGCAUCUGUGCUUUAUGUGUGAAGAAGGCCGGAGACGUGACAUCAGUGGAGACCGAGAGAGAGAGGAGACAGGCAGUACAGCAAAAUACCAUUGAACAAUUGGAAAAAAUGAUCAUUCUCAGGCAAGACAAACUUGGGGAACUUCAGGAAACAGCCACAAACUGUCAGGCUCUGAUAGAGAGAGAGCAGCAGGAGAUAAAGGAGGUGUUUGCUGCAGUGACGGAAGCUGUGAGGAGAGCAGAGGAGGUGUUGCUGGCUCCUCUGGAGGAUGGAAGGAGGUGUUUGGAGAAGGAGAUGGAGGAGAAGACACAGCAGAUAAAAAAAGAGAUCCUCAAGUAUAAAGAGGCCAUCGUUUUUUUUAAUGACACUAAGAAUGAGGAAGAUGACAUCCUCUACCUCCAGUCUUACCCGUGUGUGCUAGCAGAAUUCAAAGAUGACUGGACAGUUUCCAUGGACACUGAGCUAAACUUCGGCACAAUGAGAAAUUUAAAGGCAGCUGUGUUGGCUCAGAUUGAGUCGAGGCUGGAGAAACUUUGCUCUGUUGAAAUUCAAAGAAUCCAGAAGUUUUCAGUUGACGUGCUUCUGGAUGCAGAAACGGCACAUCCAUGCUUAGAGGUGUCUCCAGACGGCAAAACCGUGAGGGAUUCUGGAAAAACUCAGGAGAGCCCGGGAAGCCCCAAGCAGUUUAAUCUGGUCGGGGGGAUCCUGGGAACUCCUCAGAUCAUGUCUGGAAGAGCAUUCUGGAUCGUGGAGGUGGGGCAGAAGGCAGGCUGGGAACUGGGCGUGGUGAGAGAAGGUGCUAAACGGAAGGGUAAAAUCUCCUACAAACCCAGCGAGGGUUACUGGGCCAUCGUGCUCUGUGGUGAAGGCAUGUAUGGAGCUUUUGAAGAUCCUCCAGUGCAGCUGCAGCUUUCCAGCAAACCCCAAAAGGUUGGAGUGUUUGUGGACUGUGAGGAGGCUCUGGUCUCCUUCUACGAUAUGGAUGCUUUGGCACAUAUUUACACGUUCACUAAGUGCAGCUUUAAUGAAGCGGUCCGUCCAUAUUUUAACCCUCAUCCCAACAACAAAGGGAAUAAUUCAGCUCCAAUGGUCAUUUGCUCUGUCAAUCAAGCUGACAUAUGUAUGUGAGGGGUUUGGUCUAAAGAGAAGGGCUAAUUUUAUGAUAUUCAUCCCAUUUUUUCCAUAGGCCAAUUCAUUUUAAUGUUAACUUGUAAACCUUUAAAGACAGACCUACUGUGAGCUUUGUGGUGGUUCAUUGAGGGUAUAUGCUUCUGGUUGAAGCCAUCAGUCUGUAUUAUUUCAACUUCAUUUAAAAAAAAUCAUAUUUAGUGGCAGAAUUCCUGGUGAAGAACUACAAUACCCAUAAUCCUAAAGAGAGAUCCACCAAUCAGAGAAUCGCAGCCAACAAAGCGCACCAAAAGAGCUCUGCAGCUCCACCCACUCCCAUGAAGCAUUGUGAAUGAUCCAAUCGAGUCGCUCUCCUUACACUCUCAAUCUACUUAUAUGUUUGUAUACUGUAUAUCUGAAUAUUUUGCAAUACAAUUUAAAUAUACUGUUUCUAUACUUAUAAACAACAAGUUUAAAUCAAUAGUUCUAUAUUUUUCUAUCGUUUUUAAUUAGAUUACAUCAUUUGCAAUGCUUCAUGGGAUAGUAAUUUAUUCCCUCAUGAAAGAUGUUAUGUACAAAGACUUGUACCUUUGUCUUUUUGUCAGAUUUUCAAAUAUUUUUAUUUUUUUUCCUUCAAAUCAAAGUUUGUAAUGUUGUGAUUCAUCUCUCAGCUGGUUGGUUUGGUUCGGGAGCUCUUUAAUGAAGAAUUUUAUUAAAUCCCUAUGGAAAAAAAAUUAAUGAGAAGAAUACUUCUGGAACCAAGGCAGCUUCGUUGAUUUUAUUUUUCCUUUCCUUUCUUUUUUUUUUUCUUUAACGGAACACACUUAAAGUACCAAAAAAGUACCUUGGAGUACCAUUCACGGUAAAUACCAUAGUUCAUGAAUAUGGUUAUUAUGCAGUACCAUGGCAUCAAAAUUCUGUGGUAUUGCAAUCUGAUAUCAUCACUGUACCAUGAGCACUUUUUGCAUUAAUUAAUGUUGUAUUUUAAUGAUAAGAGUACUCUCCUUAUUGUAUUCACACAAUAUUGUAUCACUCAUAAAGUAUAUAGUUACACAUAAUCUAUUUUUAUAUGGAGUACCCUUUCCUCAUCUCUACUAAAACACUUUACAUUUUUAGUCUACUAAAUCUUUAUAGAAAGAUUUAUUUUUUAUAACAACCAUAUUGAAUAUAAUGUGUUCUGCUUAUAUUUUUUGUAUUAUUUACAUAUUAAUAUAUUUAAGUGGGGUAGGGAUGUGAACACUGAAUGACCUACUUUUCUUUAUAGAAAUGCUGAUUAAAUCAGAGAAUCACUCAAUCAUACAUGUCAUAUAUGCAGUAUUUAUGUGUGUGUGUGUGUGUGUGUGUACAAUAUACUAAUAAUGUUUUAACAAUAAUGAGCUGAAGAAAUUAAAUUAAAUGUCAAUUUAAAUUCCUAAAAUUUACCUUUACUGGGAGGCUGGAGACAAAUAGACAAAAAAGAAAAUCUUCAUCAUCACUUUUCCAGAUUUUAUUAUGAGUCGCGGUGAGAGAAAAGUUAUCUAAUAUAUUGAGAAACAAAAUAAUUAAAUUGCACUCUAGUUUAUAGUCAAUAUUUGUACUUUUUACUCUGAAUGGAAUAAAACACUGGGUUCAACAUGUUGUUACAUCAACAUCAGUAAUAUCAGAAUUACUUUAUUCAUCAAACAUAUACACAUGGAUUUUCUUAUAUACCUGCACAGUUUAUUUAUUUAGACUUUAUUUAUUUAUUUAUUUAUUUAUUGCACUGCA